AUGAAGAAUCCACUGAGGUGCAGCUCAAGCGUGUAUUUAUCAGGAGCUUUGAAGCGCGCCUUGCCACCACCACCCGCGAAACCAAGCAUGGGGUUGAUGGAAUUACCAGCACAAGCCAAGAUACUACACACACUCAGCGGAUUGCACAUCCUGGGCUGUACUAACGUAACGAUUGGCAAGAUGGCGGAGAUGAUCGGUCACAGACCACCAAAGAAUGACACGCUCAGAUGUUUCUUCAAAAGUAAUCAGACGCCAGCUUAUGUGCGGGCCCCAGACAGGUUUAUAUGCAAGAGUAAGUUUGACAAAAAGUAACUGUACUGAUUCACUAUACCAAGAAAUGACUGCAGUUCAUGGAUCUUACGACGUAUCUGCGCAUCCAGAGUGAAACCCCAGGUACUCGACACUCACAGAGAAAAAGACACACUUGGAUUCGCUGAGUUUAAGUUCGCUAGCUUGGAGACACUCCAAAACGAUAGUGAGGAUUAUCAGAUGUGCUUAAUAUAUACUUCCGGUGAUCAAGAUAUCAUGCACGUAUGCGCACACUCCAAGAAUGUUCUUUACUAACAUGUCUUAUGCUUUGAAUGCACUCCGCACGAUAACUAACCGGGCAUAGUAAAACAACCCCCUUGGGUAUUGAUCCUCGCACCUUCCUUAGAAGACGCAUUUGAGAUCAAGUUUGGAGAACUUUUGCCUACCCGACAAGGUUGCAUAGAGGUUACCUAUAGGUGGAAUAAGGUAGUGCCCCGUAGUCGUCGUCUGAUUAGUAGCCAGUAUGAAGUUACCGCAAAUGCGAAUCGAGCCAUCUGGCUUUGGCACCGGGACGAUGGGUGCGGACCAGGAUGGGUGGCGUACAAGCGAGAUUAUUCCGUUCUUUUGAAGACGCUCCAGCUCCGACUGAACUGUGGACGGGUUGCGAAGGGCAAGUUUCCUGUU